GAUGGCGUGUUCAAUAACAGAACAGAAAGGUUUGAGCGAAGUAGACUUUUCUAAAUGUCCAGUUUGUUUUGAACAGUUUAAAACACCACGUGUCUUGCCAUGUUCGCAUAUAUUUUGUCACGAUUGUGUGUCUUCCCACAUUGUAUCCAUCUGUCAACCAAAGGAGGACCCAUUAGGAUUUCACUGUCCUGUAUGUCGAGAAAUUGUGCCUGCUCCUAGUUUCUCUUUAAAUUUUAAAGACUGGAGUGAGCAUUUUCCAACCAAAAGACAUUUAGAGGAUAUCUCUCCCAUAAUCUGUGAAGCCUGUAAACGAGAAAAUGAGACGGAGGGGGCGGAUAACUAUUGUUUGUCUUGCUGUGAAGCACUUUGUGGUAAUUGUACCAAGUAUCAUCGGAAAAAUCGUUCAUCCCGUGAUCACAAGACCUGUCCUCUUGAUGAGAUAAAAUAUGUACCUGAAAUGUCAAAACUUUCUUCAAACAUUCAUUGCAAAAAACACAAGGAUCGACCGAUAGAGCUGUUUUGCAAUGAUCAUGAAGAACCGCGCUGUGCAAUAAGCUGCAGUACCGAACACAGAAAAUGUGAAAGCGUGGAAACCAUUCAACAAAAAGCUGAAAAGGUCAAAAGCAAGGGGUCAAUAGGAGUCUUAUUGUAUGACACCAAAGAAUUUGAACAAAAACUUUCCGAGACAAAAUGCAGAGAAGAAAAAAACAUCACAGAAAUAGAUGAUGAGGCAGAUGCUAUAACAGGCGAGGUACAACGUCUGAAAGAAAAACUUAUCCAGAAUCUAGAAACGCUAGAAAAUGAGUUUUUAGACAAAAUUUCCACACAAGAAAAACAGUGGAAAGAAAAACUGACGAAGAAUAUACAGACAGUUGGUGAUAAAAUUCACUUCAUGAAACAAUGUCGAAAAGAUUUAGAGACAGCUACAAGUUUACAAGAUGUCCGUUUUCUAAUGGAAUUCCUGAAAACCAAGAAAACAUUGGACUACAUCAAGAAUAAACAAGUAGAGAAAAUUGAGUUCAAAUUGCAAUCACGUUUGGAAGAAAAUUUUAAAGCAGUUGCAAAUCUUUCGAAAAUUGGAAAUACUGAAAUUAUUGAAAAAAGAGAAAGUUUAUUACAUGUGUUUGACGUUAAAAACUUUCAACUUGAGUUGUAUGAAGAGUGGCGAUUAUCAGGUAGCAGCAUUCGUAGUGUGAUGUUUCUUUCUAACACUGAUGUGUUAUUCCCUGACUGUGACACAAACACCAUAAAGAGAUACCCUGCAAAAAAAGACAAGUGGAAUUUUCAAAAUGAGAUUGUGCUUGAACAUGGUAUUUUUGAAAUCAAGCGAAAUGGGGAUUUUUAUUUUGCAUCAUGCCCUUUGAGUAAAUUGAUAAAAGUUCUCUCAGCUGAGGAUUUUCAAAUGCAGCGUACAAUCAAUGUUGGUAAUUCAUGUUAUGGGAUUCCAUUUUGGAAACACUUCCUAUAUACAGCAUGUGAUACAUCAAUUAUUAGAAUGGACACAGAGGGAAAUAUGUUAAGAACAUAUCCCACAUCUAGCGGUGUUCACUAUGUUGCAGUCACAAAAAACGGGGAUAUUGUAUUCAGUACUUGUAUUGGAAAACACUCGGUGACUGCCACAACAGACGAGGGUGACACUGUCUGGACAUAUACUCACGAAAAACUCAGACAUCCAUAUUGUCUUCAUAUUGACUGUGAUGAUUUAAUCUAUGUGGCAGGGACACAUAGUAACAAUGUUCAUGCGUUAACCACUGAUGGGUUUCUCCUACGUAUGAUUGAAGAUAUGCCGAGUCCUGUGUUUUUCAUAUUUAACAAGGAUAGAAAUAUUUGUUGUAUGGGGACAAAUGUAUGGGAGACUAGCAUUAAGAUGAUUCCACAUGGUGAAAUUGCUAAAUUGAUGGCGUGUUCAAUAACAGAACAGAAAGGUUUGAGCGAAGUAAACCUUUCUAAAUGUCCGAUUUGUUUUGAACAGUUUAAAACACCACGUGUCUUGCCAUGUUCGCAUAUAUUUUGUCACGAUUGUGUGUCUUCCCACAUCGUAUCAACCUGUCAACCAAAGGAGGACCCAUUAGGAUUUCAGUGUCCUGUAUGUCGAGAUUUUGUGCCUGCUCCUAGUUUCUCUUUAGAUUUUAAAGACUGGAGUCAGCAUUUUCCAACCAAUAGAGAUCUAGGGGAUAUUUCACUCAAAAUAUGUGAAGCCUGUGAACGAGAAAAUGAGACGGAGAGAGCGGAUAAAUAUUGUUUGUCUUGCUGUGAAGCACUUUGUGAUAAUUGUACUAAGUGUCACCGGAAAAGUCGUGCAACCCGUGAUCACAAGAUAUGUCGUGUUGACGAGAUAAAAUGUGUGCCUGAAUUGUCAAAACUUUCUUCAAACAUCCAUUGCGAAAAACACAAAGAUCGACCGAUAGAGCUGUUUUGCAAUGAUCAUGAAGAACCGUGCUGUGCAAUGUGCUGCAGCACCGAACACAGGAAAUGUGAAAGCGUGGAAACCAUUCAACAAAAAGCAGGAAAUGUCAGAAACAGUGGAUCUGUAGGAGUCUUAUUAAACGACAUCAAGGAAUUUGAACAAAAACUUUCUGAGACAAAAUGCAGAGAAGAAAAAAAUAUCACAGAAAUAGAAGAUGAGGCAGAUGCUAUAACAGGCGAGGUACAACGUGUGAAACAGAGAAUUAUUCAGAAUCUUGAAAAACUAGAAAAUGAGUUUUUAGACAAAAUUUCCACACAAAUAAAACAAUGCAAAGAAAAACUGACAAAGAAUAUACAGACAGUUGGUGAUAAACUACAUUUCAUGGAACUAUGUCGAAAAGAGUUAGAGACAGCUACAAAUUUACAAGAUGUCAGUUUUCUAAUGGAGUUCCUCAAAACCAAGAAAACACUGGACUACAUCAAGAAUAAAAAAGUAGAGAAAAUUGAGUUCAAAUUGCAAUCCAAUUUAGAACUUGAUUUUAAAGCAGUUGCAAAUGUCUCAAAAAUUGGAAACGCUGAAAUUAUUGAGAACAGAGAAAGUUUAUUACAUAUGUUUGAUGUUAAAAACCUUCAACCUGCGUUAUAUCAAGAGUGGCAAUUACCAGGUAGCAGCAUCCGUAGUGCGAUGUUUCUUUCUAACACUGAUGUGAUAUUCCCUGACUGGCUCACAAAUACUGUAAAGAGAUACUCUGCCAAAAAAGACAAAUGGAUUUAUCAAACUGAGAUUAUGCUUGGACAUGGUACCUUUGAAAUAAAGCGAAAUGGAGAUUUUUAUUUUGCAUCAUGCAUUUCGAGUCAGGUGAUAAAGGUUCUUUCAGCUGAGGAUUUUCAAAUGAAGCGUACAAUCCAUGUUGGUGAUGCUUGUUAUGGGAUUUCAUUUUGGAAGCACUUCCUGUAUGCAGCAUGUUCUUCCUCAAUUAUUAAAAUGGAUACAGAGGGAAAUCAGUUGAGAAUUUAUCCCACAUCAAGCGGUGUUCACUAUGUUGCUGUCACAAAGAACGGGCAUAUUGUUUUCAGUGCUUAUAAGGGAAAACACUCAGUGACUGCCAUAACAGACGAGGGUGACAAUGUCUGGACAUAUGUUCACCAGUGUCUAAGGCAUCCAUAUGGUCUUCAUAUUGACUGUGAUGAUAUUAUUUAUGUGGCAGGGACAAAUAGUAACAAUGUUCAUGUGUUAACCAGCAAUGGGUUUCUCCUACGUAUUAUUGAAGAUAUGCCGAGUCCUGUGUUUUUCAUAUUUAACAAGGAUAGAAAUAUAUGUUGUAUGGGGACAAAUGUAUGGGAGACUAGGAUUACGAUGUAUGCAAUUAAGUUUUAAAGCUUUUUACAUGCAAUUGAGUUUAAGCACAGUUGUAAAUUUCCAUUACUUUUUGUAAUAUAGUUUUAUAAUAUUGAGUUUCACAGUGAAAAGAAAUGGAAAAUGACAGUUAUUACUACUGUAAUAUUCAAAGUGCAUUUAAUUGUAAUUAUGCAUUUUAUGGAUAAAAAUUAAAUACCUCUAGUUUAUAAUAUGUUAUAAUAUGUACAAUGCAAUCUUUCUGACACAUAACAUUAAAAAGAAUCACA